CUUCCUCAUCAUCAUUUUAAUAAAAGUUUCUAUAAUUUGUUGAAUCAAAGAAGAAGAAGAAGAAGAAGAGAUCAUGAAUUCAGAUUCCGAUUACCCUCAUCUCCCUAAUAUCAAGAUCCACCAUCCUUCAUCUCCUCGUCACUCUCACCACCACUCUUCCUCAACUCCUUCCGCCGCUACUCCUACCCCAACCGCCGGUGCUCGCCGUAAGAUCGGAGUCGCCGUUGACCUCUCUGAAGAAAGCGCCUUCGCUGUUCGCUGGGCCGUUGACCAUUACAUUCGUCCCGGCGACGCCGUCGUCAUCCUCCACGUCUCUCCAACCUCCGUUCUCUUCGGCGCCGAUUGGGGUCCUCUCCCUGUCCAAACCCCUCCUCCUUCCGCCGCCGUCGAUCCCGCAGCUCAGCCGAAGCCUAGUCAGGAAGAUUUCGACGCUUUCACGUCUUCCAAAGUAGCGGAUCUAGCGAAGCCAUUGAAGGAAGCUGGGUUCCCUCAUAAGAUCCAUAUAGUGAAAGACCACGAUAUGAGGGAGAGGCUUUGUUUAGAGACUGAACGGCUUAACCUCAGCGCCGUGAUUAUGGGAAGCAGAGGCUUUGGUGCUGAGAAGAGGGGAAGUGAUGGCAAGCUUGGCUCCGUUAGUGACUAUUGUGUUCACCAUUGUGUUUGUCCUGUUGUUGUGGUUAGAUACCCUGAUGAUCGUGAUGGUCCUGCUCCUCCUGGGAAUGUUGGAGGUACCAGGGAAGCUAUUGUGACUGUUAAAUCACGUAGGGAUGAUGACGAUGAUGAUGAAGAUGACGAGGCUAAGAUUGCUGCUUCUGCUUCUGUUUCUGCUCAUCCUGAACACAUCAAAGAUGAGUAAUACGCUUUAGGAUCUCAUAGGAUUCACCAUCUUCACAGCCAGGUACGACGACGAUGGAUGAAACAAAGGGUGGUUAAAGCGGAUUUGUGGAGAGGACUGUUUGUGUGUGUUUGUGAUAUCUUUGGCAGUUUCUGGAAUCUCCCUCCUCUGUGGAUUAUUUAUUCUCUCAGUCCUUUAUAAGAUUGAUCCGUGUAUGAUUUUCACAUUUAAAACAAUGAAGAAGUAAAAAACAUUUUUCUUUUGUGAUUAUGAUC